GGCUAAUGCACCACAUGUUAAGACGGCAAACACAGAGCUGUGAUGGAAACAGGCAGCAGAGUGAUCGUGCAGGUGCUGCUGCUGGCCUUGGUGCUUCAGCUCACACUGUCCCAGCACUGGUCUUAUGGAUGGCUACCAGGUGGAAAGAGAAGUGUAGGCGAGCUGGAAGCAACGAUCAGGAUGAUGGGCACUGGAGAAGUGUUGUCUCGUCCUGAGGAGGCGAGUGCCCAAACCCCAGAGAGGCUCGGACCAUACAAUGUUAUUGAUGGCGACUCCAGAUAUUUCGACCGCAAGAAAAGGUUCCUGAACAAUUACUGAGGACGCCAAAAAAAA